GUCCAUGUAUGUACUGACAACCCGUGAUACAUAGCUCCACCACCGCACUUGACAUCUUGCUAGAGCAUAUAAUGAGACCAGAGUCUCGUGAACAGUCCGCAAUCGUGCAGAGACUACUAGGACCAUUAGGUGUGGUCCUCGAAUUAGACGAGUAUCGUCAAAUCGCAAAACAGCGUCGUGCUGCGGAGUGGGGACUCGAAGUAUGCAAAACCUUCAUCAGGACUGCUGGACAGAACCAAGAUGCCCAGGACGCAAUCUGGAACGACGCUCGUACCGUACUACACUUCACCGUUAUCGUGGCCGGUGGUGGGCCCAUCAACCACAGUGAUGCGUGGCAGAAGGGGCCAUCUCGGUUAUCGCUUCAACCGCCCGCUGAUUGUGGUUGGCUCAUCGACUACAUCAUGCAUUACCACGAUUCUGAUCACAUCGCUGUCAUUGACGCUAUGAUAGCACUGAGCCAGUUACCUCAGGUCACAUUCAACCCAUCCAGGACCCCAAUGAUGGUCAAAGUUUUGGCGUCUUAUCUGGGUUUAGAACAGCCGUCCGCCCUUCGAGAUGCGGCUCUCCGUGCUGCUCAUGCGUGCAGGAAAAUCAUCUUCGUUUACAAUUUCAUGCCGGCCAAACAGCUUCAAGAGUUCUCUGACGCUCUUCAUUCCACUCUCAUCGAGAGCGAGUCGCCACGACAACACCUGCUUUGUCUGCAAAUCUUGUAUUCUUGUGCCAAAAGCGAGGCAUGGAGGGCUCACAUACUCGAAAAAUAUCAUAGCAACUGUCUUGAUCUCGCCAAUAGUUUCCCUUAUCCUGGUGUUGAUCCUCUGUCAUCCGACCACCUUGCACUCUACAUCAUUGCGAAUCUGCAAGCGAUGCAAGAAUUAUCUGACCUCCCACUUGACCUCCCGGACGCCAGUUCCUGCCAAAAGCUUGUCCAAAAAGCUUGGCAUUCUCUGGUUGCUCGACAAAUCGGACACUUAACGGAGACCGUCGAGCACCUGAGUACCUUUACUGGGCACCGCUUAAAUGAAGGCAUGAUCCUUGGUACGGACGAUUGGAUUUCUUGCAUCGGGCAGGCUCUCGGUCAAUUAAGACUGGCUGGUUCUGAUUUUCAAGCAGUGAACGAUCUGUUGCUAUAUAUGACGACCCCACGGGAUUCUAGUAGUUGACACUGAUGCGAUAUAUUGAUGUAACUGUGUUUUUUUAUGUAAGUUGCAGUAGACGCUGGAUUCGCUUGUGGCUCUUUAUUUGUUGCGCUUCUACUGAGUAUACCCAUGGUCAUCAGUAAUAUAUCCCGUUCGUUUUCUUGUAUUACAAAAGCCCAACAUGCUCACAUGCACACUCGUGAAGAGGUGGGUAUUGUUGUUGAGACUGCGCAGCA